CCAAAAACCCUAACUGAGAGAGCGGAGGAGAAGAAUGAUGAAGAAAUCGCCAUCUUCGUCAACGCUUGAUUCCCCGUCUGGUAGCUUGGGAUCUCUCAAUCCCCCGAAGAAAAUCAAACACGACGCCAAGUGGAUGGCCAUGAUGGAGCGCAGACGCCACUUCAUGGGCCCCGCCAAGAAGAAGAAGAUCGAACGCGACGCCAAGUGGAAGGCCAUGAUGGAACGCAGACGCUACUUCAUGGGCCCCACCAAGACCAAGAAGACGGCGAAGAACCGACCGACGAAGCCCAGAAACUCCCACGACGGCGCUUCGUGGGUACGCUCCGAAUUCCUCGGACAAGGCAGUUUCGGCUCCGUUUACCUCGCCGUCAGAGAUAACGGCGACAAGAUGGCCGUGAAAACGGCGGAGAUGUCACGCGCUUCGACACUCAUGGACGAGUCACGCAUUCUGAGCUUACUUUACUCUCGCUUCGUCGUCUCCUUCCUCGGCGACGAGAUCACGACCGAUUCCGAAACAGGCGAGAAACAUUACAACAUCAUGCUCGAGUUCUGUUCUGGUCGGAGCCUCAAAGAUUUAAUCGGAACCCAACCUGAAGGUAUCAGAGAGAGCCACGUCAAGCUUUUAGCCACAGAUAUACUCCGGGGCCUGAAUGACAUCCACUGCCGUCGGAUCAUCCACUGCGAUAUCAAACCGGCCAACAUCUUGCUUGUUCCGCAAGUAAAGUGGAACAGACCGGACUGGUUCGUCGCCAAGAUCGCCGAUUUCGGGUUAGCCGUGGAGAAAGACACGGUGGAGUAUGACGAAGACAACGGUUACCCGAGAGGCACCGCCAUGUACAUGUCGCCGGAGCUGGUGACGGGAGGAGAUUUGGACUACGGAGCUGAUGUUUGGGCAUUCGGCUGCACGGUCUUGGAGAUGCUAACCGGUUCGCACGCGUGGGGAGAAGAGAAUGCACGUCUAAACCGGGACGAGUUGAUGCGUAUGAUCGCCAAUUCGGACGAAAUCCCGGUCAUACCGGAAUCGGUUUCGGACAAGGCCAGAGAUUUCUUGGAGAAGUGUUUGGUCAGAGAUCCUGAUUUGAGAUGGACCACAGAUGCUUUGCUGGCACACCCGUUUCUUCAUCAGCCGGAGUCGCCAUGAUCAUCCAGCGUAGCGUAGAAUUCCAUCGGCGUAUAUUAUCAGUAUCCCAGUGUCGACUUUCACGUAUAUCGAAGUUCUUAUUCUCUCAGUCCCUGAUUUUUUGUUGAAGAGGGAUUCGAACAUGUAAAGGAGAUGAGUCA